AUUUCAUUCAAUAGAGUAUAACUACUUCAGUACUUCAAUCUACCGGUGCUUUCAAUGGACCAAUCAUUUUGCAUCACGUGAUCUAAACAUUUGAUUUUUUGUGAUAUCAUAUCAAUUGAUUGUGUAAUUCAUUUGUCUUAAAAACUAACAAAUUGUUAAACAAUUUUAUACAUAAUAUUUAGUAUUUAAUUAUUUAAUAUCACAACUGACUAUAAAUAUAUCGACAAAUACAAUAAACUCAGGUCAUGGCCACUACCGGCGAUUCAAUUGAUCGAUGUUUGGACUGUAUUCGCCAGAGAGUUGCCCAAGCAGUCAAACUUCGCGACAGUAGCGCCGGUACUGUCGGAAGACCCGUUAAAUUGGUGGCCGCAUCCAAGUCACAACCAGCCGAAGCCAUAAUAGAGGCCUAUCGAGCCGGUCAGCGGAUAUUUGCCGAGAACUACAUCCAGGAAAUGUGUCACAAAAGCGCUGAUCCAGUUGUUAUCUCUUCCUGUCCCGACAUUGAGUGGCGACUUAUUGGUCACAUUCAGAGCAAUAAAGUUAAUCAAGUUUUAAGAGUCGACCGAUUAGUGGCCAUCGAAACGAUAGACUCCAUCAAAAUAGCACAAACAUUGGAGAAAGCAUUGACGGCACGAAACAAGACACUCGAAGCUAUGGUUCAGAUAAACUCUGGUGAAGAAGACGUUAAGACCGGUGUUUUGCCCUCAGAUGUCAUCGAACUCGUCCGCUAUGUUCGUGACGAAUGUCCUCAUCUGAAACUGACGGGUCUGAUGACUAUCGGUCGUUUUGGUCACGAUUGGACCACUGGAACCAAUCCGGACUUUUUAACUUUCAUCGAUUCCCGCAAUAAUAUAUGCGAGACUCUGGAUAUACCUCUCGAUUCACUAGAACUGAGCUUUGGUAUGACUGCUGACUUUGAACAGGCAAUUGCUUUGGGCAGUACUCAAGUGAGAGUCGGCACCGCUAUAUUCGGGGCGCGUUAAUAAAUUGUCAAAUUUAUUGUAUUAAAAUCAGUGAAACAGGAUUACAGUGAUUGUAACGAACAAAAAACAUCAUUAUUGAAAAAAAUU